AUGGUUAAUACCAAUUAUGCCCGUAAAUGGUUCAUUAGACGCAUAGCUGAGAAUACGGUUAAAAACAAAAUUAAUCAUUUUGGCGCUUCUGCACCUUCUUUAUUCCAUGCUAGUGAUAAGUUUACAAGCAGCAAUCUGUUGAAUACAGUGGAAUCUAAUAAUUCAUCUGAUAAGUACUUGUUAAGUAUUGCUAAAUUGUCUCACCGUAAGCAAAAAUUUGAUUUGGCAAUAUGGCGUGCAAUAUCAAACAAAUUAGAACUCAUAAAUCAUUUAUUGACCCCGCAGCAAUUGAUCGUUCUUUUGCAUUGCUUCAAGCAGAUAAAAUUUUCAUCAAAUCACAUAUUUACAAAGUGUAUAGAUCGACUUAAUGGUAAAAUUAGCCAGCUAGAUUUGUACCAUUUGUCAUUAAUAGCUCUUACUUUUAGACACAACAAUCCACCUUCUUGGCUAAUAUCUCAAGUUUCGUCUCACAGUAUAUACAACAUACAGUCAUUAUGCAUUAGCACAUUAACACAAAAACAAAUAAUUUGGAAUUUUGAAUCCAUAACACAUAUUCUGGGCUCAUUUUCUGCAAUCGAUUGUGCUAAUCAACAAUUAUUCCAAUUGGCAGCUGAAAAACUCAUUAAAUUAAUCGAAUCAAUCAAAUUAAUACCAGGUCAUUAUAUACACAAGCUAAUAACUAGCUAUUGUAGAUUGUGUUAUAGCCACAUCCGUUUAUUUGACGUACUAUGUGAACAAAUAUUUUCUUGCAAGCUUAACAAUAAGGAAUUAUCGGAUAUAAAAAUUGGAUUUGAGUCUGUACAAUAUUUUAAUCCGAAAUUAGUGAGAUUUAUCGCAUAUCGUAGUGUCAUUUUUGGCAGUAAAUGA